CAGGCAUCCUAUUAUUGUUAUCGAAAUGUCGCACCUCAUUGAGGUCUUGCCCACGGGCACGUCCCAUACCUCCGCACCGGGCUGGGCCUACGUUCCAGACAUCCGUCCUGACAUCCCACGCCAGGGUAGAGCUACCACCGCCGGGCGAAAACGAGGCGUGCGAGACUCUGCAAUCGGACGCGGAGAUAUCCCAUCGAAGCAGCAGAACGCGAUUUUGAGACGACUCGCGGAGCUUGAUCGGGAUAACCCCAAAGAGGUCCAUAUUCCGAUUCCAACCAAGCAGAAGGAUUCCAGUUCAAGGGGUUCGCGAGGCAAGACCACCUCCAAUGUUCGCCGCAUCUUAAUGUCUCAGAAAGCUUUCAAAAACUAUCUCGAUGACGAAGAGGCCGCUGUCUUACUCGCUCCGACCACCGCGCCACGACCAAACGCUCCACGAGCUGGCAAAACACCCCCCACGUCUUCUAAAACUACACCGAAAAUAUCAAAGCAACCUCGCCCAGCCCCUCCAGAGCCAGUAGUAUCCCAACUAAUCACCUCUGAAUUCGACAAUGAUCCCCUUCUCCGCUCGUAUAUCCCUUCCGCGCCCUCAGAGCGUAUCGUGCAGGCUCUCCUUUCGGAACCACCGCUCACCUAUAAGACAUCCCGUGCGACGUUUCCCGACGAGCUGAAUCGUAAACGUCCGCGGCAAUUCUGCGGAAUUUGUGGAUACUGGGGAAAGUUGAAGUGUAUCAGGUGCCAAGCAAGGGUGUGCGGCUUAGAGUGCCAAAGAACACAUGAUGAGACGGCUUGUGGCCGGAUCUUUGCGUGAAAUAUUUAACAGCAUGAAGGUUUCCUUGAAAUCCAAGCACCUCGCGAAAGAUUAUCCAUCAUGAGAUACUUCCGGGCCCCCUUUGAUGAUAGCAGAAAAGGCUCUUUAAAUAGGGAUCCUUGCUCCAUUUAUCCCCUCCCCCCGGGGGAGCGGUAGUCACCGAUAUCGAGAAAGGUGCGGUACCUAUUUAUUUAUUCGACAGCUAUCUGAAGUGUCAAAAUUAUUGAGUCGUACCCUUCGAAGAGGGAUGGCUUUGAUACUGUGGUUGAAGAUUAUACGGUUCCGAGAUUGCCAUCAUGUGAAUCGUACAACAUCCGACUCUAGCGCCUGAACCCAAAAAGUAGGGUCAUAAUGCGUGUUUUGCUCAGGGGUAGCUCGCAGAUCAAAGAGAGUUGACCUUUUGGCUCGUUUUCGGACUAUAUUCCGGCAACUAUUGCUCCGAACCCUUGAUUGCUAUGACCUUGAAGAAUCCAACGCUAUGUUCUAUGCGUGUCACAAUAAUGUACAACAUAACAGGCCGUCUUAGACCGUCGAACUCGGUCUAUUUGGAAAUAAAAUGAAAUUGUAACCACAGGGACGAACUACCCUUCUGGAACGUGUGCAUGUUGCAAAUCAGCACUUCAACCGGAUACCAGCACGGAAUUCCUCUUCGCGAAUCUCAAACAUAACUUGAACUCCAACGAAGACCGCCGCACAAGCCCCUGCGAGAUACGCCAGACCUGCAUACGAUCCCAAAAUGCCGCUCAAUAACCCUUGCAAACCGUCUAACCCCAACGCAAACCCGACCAAAUUUGCCGCCAUCAUCAUAAGUAUGUUGGCCACAGCGCCAACCCCGCAAAGUACGCGGUAUGUAUUCGGCCUUGUACGCCAUUUAUGCUCUGGAAAGAGCAGAGAAGCAAGGAUUUCAGGGAGAACGAAAAGGGUGAUGAGCCAGCCCCACAUGAGGAGACGGAGGUUUAUAUCGUGCCAAAGGGCAACGAAAGUAAAAACGACAAGGAAGUUGAUUACGCCACGCACUUUGGAAACAAAAGGUUUAUCGCUGCGUUCACUUCGACUGCCGCCGAGAGGAACGUAAAGGUACCGGACUACCCAUCGAUUGAACGAUCGAUGCCAACUUCGCCAGAAGGCGAGGGCAGAAUAAUUGUCUGACAUGCAUCGUACCAUGUUUUCGGGGGGAUCGAUGCCGUCAAUCAAAGCCCAUAAGCGGAAGAAUCGCCAUGGAAUGAGAAGCUUCAGCCAGAUGAUAUGGAGGUUGAAAUAUCCCAACAUGCUCAGCUGGAAGGGGGUAUAUAUAGACCAGUCCGGGGAUGAUUUAGAGAUGGCGACAACGUAGAUAUAGUGGAGAAUCAAUUCCAUGGAGAGCAGUGUAAGUAAGAAGCGCACGCCAUACAACAAAGUGCGAGUUUUUGAUAUUGAAGGCGGUUGAUAUUUCUGCUGAUGAAUAUAAUCGUUGAAUGUGAUUAUGGGACCGGCAAGGUAGAGAGGCGAAUAUAGAGUGUAUGAAAGAUAGUUUCUAACGUUGAAACAUAACGGAUC